CUUACUCGAAUAACUGUUGGAGAGAGCUUCGUUUCAUAGAAACACCACACUUUAAAGUCUUCCAAAAUAUUAGCAAAGUUGCGGCCUGGCUGAUUUGGUUGAUUCUUCAUGCUCAGUGCCUCGAUGAGCGGCUGAUUGGGUUUUCCUUCGACUAAGGGCAAAAGGGGCUCUGUUAACAUGCCGUCGGUUGGAACGCCGAAGAAGAGGAUACCCAGCAGGUCUCGCAGCAAGUUACACUCGUUGUCCUCCUCGGAUUCUGAAAUUUGAAGAAUAGCCUCUUGCACGAGCAACCCACCUAGGCUGUGUGCCAGUAUGACGUAGGGUCUGUGGUCUGGAGCAGACAGACACUCUUUGAGCACCGUCGCUAUUGGCCGCGCCAGAUCUUUCAGGGUUGCAAAACUGUCGCUGUUUUCAAGCUUGGUAUCAUAACCGUAAAUAAGGACGCGGGCAUUGGGGAUCCUCGCUGGUAUAUCCUUUUGGAGCCACAUGUGCCCAACACCACUUUCUUUGUGGACGAAGGACCCGUACGGAUGGCUACCAAGACCAGACAAUGCAAUAAUAUUGACAUCGAUUUGCCCACCAGGCGGCGCAUAGAGAGUAGUGAGACCUUCGAAAUGUCGGUCUAUAGUGAGCAGGACUUUAUCUGUGGCCCCGUCCGCGGGAUUGACAGUCAGAACAUGGAACGCUUUGUCGCAUGUAUUCUCCAGGCUGGCAGGAAGGGUUGUAAACCGCAUCGUGGCAACCUGCAGCUCGUAUUCAUGGCCCAUUACCGGCUCACUGCUCACAAUUUCAAUAUUGGCAGUAUAGCACUCAAACGCCAUGGAGAGGCCAUUCAUAAUAUCCUCCUUUGACCAAAAUAUGGGUAUACCGCCAACCCGCCAUGUGAAAGGCACCUUUGACUUUGUGAGGUUAGCCAUGAUGCGUCAUUUGUCAGAAACAUUCGUAGUUGCUGGAAAGUAGCCCCCUGUAGUUUCGCUGCAGCAGCAACGGGAGAAGACUCGAGUCGAUCUCGAUACUCGCCGAUGGUGGGAUGCAAGGGGACCGACUAGCAACUAGGGUGACGCCGUAUCAACAAAUCACGGGCUGUCCGCUUUCUGGCCAAGUUUGGAAAAAAGACAACUCCACCUUGGACGGCCUAGCCCGUUAAGCGUGCGUGGCGUGCAGACACUGUAAACCCCACGUCACUUUUGCUGACAGCGGUUCAGCCCCAGCCUACUCCCGCAGUCUGUAUCUUGUUUUGUUUUCCUUUCCUCGGCAGUGGCUGUCCUAUGCGGAGUAUGUCUUGAAUUCUCGGUCGGAAGGCCUUAUCCGUGAUCGGUUAAAAGCUAUCAUUUUGCGCUCGUCCACCAUGUCUACAAUGAGCGUGUAUGAUGAGACAACAUGUCCAUUCUCCAACGCGGUGCCAUUGCCUUCUGUAGGCCACAGUGUAACGGACACCGAGGAUCUCAUCACAUUGCUUCCAUCAUCUUUUCGCAACAGUGACAAUGAUAUCCUCACAACCCGGCAUCACGUCACUGCUUUUAUUGACAAUGAGCUGGACAUAGCCCGUCUGGCGGUCAUCCACACGUGGCUAUGGCUCGCCGGGCUACCCAUUCCCCCGCGCCCGCUACACCAACAGAUAUCGCUGAAUCGCCACAUUUUUAUUACCGAGCGCAUGGAUAUGCAUCUUGUCUGGACAACAGGCCGGAUGUAUAUAAAGCCCCUGCCACGAUGGCUACUGACCGCCGCGUUCUGGGACAAGUACCUUUGUGAGAGGGUCGGCAGUACAAAACCGGAUUCACCGCGGCAAUUGCAUUAUCGACGGGCCCUUGGGUUCCUCUACUCAUAUGCCGCGUUGAUUGCUUAUGAGAGCGACUUUUGUAUUGCCAGGGAUCGAUGCCUAAUCCCGAAGGAGUUAACGUGGGCGCAGUGGCAGGCGGUAGUAAACGAGCUCCGCCUCGAAACCAUCCAUGCACGGAUAGACAAGCGGUUUCACCAUGGCGAAUUACGGCUGGGGCGCCUGACCAAGAUAUACUACUUUAUGGAGACGCCUGGGAAGGGCUAUGUGAGGUUUUGGAACCAAACGAGCACGUUUUUCAACGAUAAUCUGGCAUGGGUGGCUGGUUCAACAGUAUACCUUGCCAUUGUCUUGACGGCUAUGCAAGUUGGACUUUCUAACGAAGCGCUGAUGAAGAGUGACUCGUUUCAGUCGGCAUCAUAUGGGUUUACCGUGUUUGCUAUCCUGGGACCGCUUGUAGUUGUCUUUGGAAUUCUUAUUGCCUUCUGCUGUUUGACAAUAUUUAGUAUAGUGUCUACGAGGAAGUUUUGCAACGAGAAGGAUGCCCGAAUUGCACGUGGGAUAUCAUAGGUAGUAGUAAAAUAAGAAGAAGGACCUAUCAAAUGUAUAUGCGCAAGUGGACACAAAGGAGGGUCGCAUAUAUUACAUUGCAUAUAUACACAUAUAUUCAUGGCAUAGAGAGUACCAGUAAUUUUAGCAACGAACUGGAAUGACAUGUCGGAUCGCUUAGCCGAGCCAUGGGAAUAUGGUUGGGUUUAAUCUCAGUUG